AUGAGCUUCUUGUUUGGUAGUCGCUCUUCCAAAACCUUCAAACCAAAGAAGAACAUUCCAGAGGGGUCUCACCAGUAUGAGCUGCUAAAACAUGCUGAGGCCACGCUGGGCAGCGGCAAUCUGCGCAUGGCUGUUAUGCUUCCAGAGGGGGAAGACUUAAACGAGUGGGUUGCAGUUAACACUGUGGACUUCUUCAACCAGAUCAAUAUGCUUUAUGGAACCAUCACAGACUUCUGCACGGAGGAGAGCUGCCCUGUGAUGUCUGCUGGCCCAAAAUAUGAGUACCACUGGGCAGAUGGGACAAACAUAAAGAAACCAAUUAAGUGCUCAGCACCAAAGUACAUUGAUUACCUGAUGACUUGGGUCCAGGAUCAGCUGGAUGAUGAAACACUAUUCCCUUCGAAAAUAGGUGUUCCCUUCCCAAAGAACUUCAUGUCAGUGGCAAAGACAAUUCUAAAGCGUCUCUUCAGAGUCUACGCUCACAUCUACCACCAGCACUUUGAUCCAGUGAUCCAGCUGCAGGAAGAGGCUCACCUUAACACUUCCUUCAAGCACUUUAUAUUCUUUGUUCAGGAAUUCAACCUUAUUGAGAGAAGAGAACUUGCACCACUUCAAGAACUAAUUGAAAAACUCACCUCUAAGGACAGAUAA